AUGACGUUUGAACUUAAAAAGGAUUAUUUAACAAAUCUGAACAUUAAACAGGAAGAUCUUGAUGCUGCAAAUAAUGCCAGUCAUAAAGAAAAUUUAACUAAUGAUAACUUAAUUGCCGUACGCACAACUCCUGAAACUCCACCGAGUAGUCGUCAACAAAGUGAAUAUGAACAACCAUCACCUUCUCCUCCUUCUCAUCGUCGUCGUCACUUAUACAAUGAACGACCGCCAACGCCUAAAAAGAAAGAAAAGCAAAAGAAACAACGAUUUGUGCCCAAAGCUCCGUCUGGUCAAGGUCAACUAGUCGAUGUACCCGAAACCAAACAGCCUACAUUAGGUAAACACUCUUAUCCUUAUUGGUACUAUUACAAACUGAAAAAUCCCUCAUGGAUAAUGAAACAUCGUCAGACUGAAGAUGGACAUUUGAUACCGUUUGAUGAUACGAAACCAGAGAAGUAUGGAGAUGCAGCUGAGAUAGCAAAUCGUUAUGCUUCAUCUUCAGUAUCUUCAUUCACUCAAAAACCAACAACAAAACCGAAAGACAACAAUCUAUCUCGAUCGAUUAUCAAAUAUAACGAGGACAAGAAACAAUAUGAGUAUAUCACUGAUCCAAAAACAAAGAAACCAAAACGACAGACAACACCGUCGAGUUUAGAUACAUCAUUCAAAGAUGGAGAAAUUGAUAGAACACAACAAAAACGUCAACAUUUGAAAUCGGAAGAGGACUGGUACAAUCACUAUGCAAAAGCCGAUCAAAAUCAAUUAGAUACUUUAGAUCAUCAUCAAUCAUCAAUUCAACAUUUACCCCAUCAUCAUCAAUCGUCACAGCAUAUUCCCGUUUUGAUAUCACAUACCGAUAAUACUAAUCAUCGUUCUACCAGCAGACAUCAUCAUCAUCACCAUCAUCAAACCCAUUAUUUUAAUGUCGAACCAUUGAUUAUGGGGAAAGAGCUCACGGUAAAAGAUGUUUCAUAUCAGAAAACAGAACGAAAUCCAUUGUUUGCUCAAGAUCGCACUCACAACAAACAUCCUGUUCGUGAAUCUUUACCAUAUAUUCAACCAAUGAGAAGAAUUCCUGAACGUUCUUCUCCUGUUUCUCUAUCAACAAUCGAAGGUGAUCCAUCUGAAGUUAGUCUUCAUUCGUUCAACAUCAAUGAAAUGGACGAAUUGUUGGUAAAUCAUUUCUAUAAGCCAAAUAGAAAAACAAAAGUCUAUGAUAAAUAUCUCGAUAAGGUCUUAGAAAGAAAAUUACAAGUUACAUAA